AUGCCUGCGACGUCUGCGAGCGUAAGGAAGACCCUCGGUCUGAUCUCAGCGAAGAAAUCUGGUGGGGACGCUGCCACCGGUGACGUAAUCGUCUUCUUUGACUGCCAUGUCAGCCCCCGAGUCGGGUGGGAGCAGGCUUUCCUCAAGCAGAUGCGGCGGAAAGGAGACCAUCGAACCAUCGUGGUCCCCACCAUCACCUCGCUGAAUCCUGACACCUGGAAGGAACUUGGUGGCAAUGCCGGCGGCAAAACCUGCUUUAUUCUGUGGAACAACGACUUCACGUGGCUGUAUAACCCCGGCCGUGAUGCCCCGCUGAUGAGCGGCGGCCUGCUCGCACUGUCUCGCAGGUGGUGGGAAGAGACCGGUGGCUACGACACGAACAUGGUCGCAUGGGGCGGCGAGAACAUCGACCAGUCUCUCCGCUCCUGGCUGUGUGGCGGGCGAAUCGAAGUCGCUGAUGGUGCCUACGUGGCACACAUGUGGCGGGAUCCCAAGAAUCCGAAGACCACGCUGCGGUAUCCGAUCCCCACUCGGGACGUCAUGCGCAAUAAGGCGCGCGCAGCCACGGCCUGGUUCGGGGAGUUCGUGGAGAAAGUCAUGACGUUUCCAGAGACUUCUGGCUAA